AUCAGGUUCCUUGGAAGACCUGAAGAUCCCGUUGGAAACAAAGGACGUGAUGCUCUCUGAUCUGGAGAGGAAUCAAAGGGACAGUUUCCAGCAAAAGCGAAAGACUGCAUCGCAGGUGUCUGAAAGGAGUGAGAGGCUGGUGCACCUGCAGAGCGAGCUCUCGUGUCUGCAGCGGAUCCACAAAGACAGCACCAAGGAGAUCGCUGAGAAAGACAUCUGCAUCACUAAACUGCGAGCUAGCAUUGAGCUGCUGCAACAAGAGGGGUCUGACUCACACGCUCAGCUUUCCAAACUGAGUGUGAGAGCAAGGGAGCUUCAGGAGGAAUGGAGCCAAAAAGAAGACGAGCUGAGACUGAAACAUGACAAGAAGCUUCAGAGAGCAGAGGAGAGGAGAAGGCAGGAGCAGCAAAAGAGAGAGAAGAAGGAGGACGAAUGGAAGAGGGCAAUUGAGGAGGAGAGAAAGGCCCAUGCUCAAGCUGUUAGAACGUGGGCUGAGCAGACAGCUAGCUUGAAUGCUGAGUUGAAGGUCAGCAGGAAGCAGGGGGAGAGGCAGCACAGGGAGCUGUCACAGCUUCACCAGAAGGAGGAGACGCUUCUCUCUGAGGCCGAGGUAAAAAUGGCGUCUUUGAGGGCCGAGCGCAGCACUGCAUUUGAAAGACGGAUGGAGGAGAGAGAGGAGAGGAUAAACCAACUCAAUGAAGAGCUGAAUGGAGUAAGACGAACGAUGAAAGAGAGAGUGGAGCAUGUGAGAGACCUGGACCAGGAUGUGGUUUGUUUGCGAGCCACACAAGACUCUCUGAAGAGAACCUUGGCCAUGAAGGAGAAACACACAAACCAGCUGGUCGGAGACAACGCAGAGCUCAAAGAAGGCCUGGCUUCACUGCAGAGCAAAUCACAGGCGGGUGAACGCAUGUUAAGGGACAUCAGUGACACCCUGGAUCAGACCAAAACUGGCCUGCAAACGGAGAGACAGCAGAAGCAGCAGAUCCAGGACCAGUUGCACCAUGCUAACCGAGAGAUGGAGUGUCUGCAGCAGGAACUGAAACAUGUGCGUUUCACCACUGAAAAGAAGAGCCACAAGAAGGACAAUAAGAUAUGUGCGCUGGUGAAAGCGCUCACAGAGAGUGAGAGGCUCCACUCUGAAUGUCAGAAAGAGUUGCUCCGACGAGAGAAGGCUUCAGAGAAACUGUGCGAGGAGAGGGAUGAGCUUAGAGCCAAGAUGGACGACCGGAGCAGGGAGUGUGUCCACCUCAACCAGGCCCAGGAGAGACUGGAGGCUGAUUUGGCUCUGAGCCAUGAGAAACUCCACACCUUGCACCUGGAGGUUCGCAGCAGGGAUCAGCUCAUCCUGCAGUUGAGAGCUGAAAUGAAAUCAGCAGAACAGAAAUACCAGAGCACACAAGAACAGGUGGCAGCACUGGAGGGUGAGGUGAGACGCUUGAAAUGCAAGGUCAGAGGACACCAGGAUGAGGCCUGUAAGUUAAACCAAAAGGUCAGAGAUAUCGAGCGCCUUAAGGCCCAGACGGAGAAAGACCAACAGCAGCUCCAAGAUCAACUCUGCACUAGUGAGCAACAGGUGCAGACAUUUGAAGGGAAGCUCAAGAAGCAGGAGGCUGAGAUGGAACUUCUUCAACAGCAGCUAAAAGGAGCCGAGGAGGCGCUGAAAGAUGCCGGUUCACAAAAAGAAACGGUCUCCGUUUUUAAACAGAAGUACACUGCAGCUAUAGAGAAGGUGCAUAGGGUGCAAGGGCGGGUGGAACUCUUGGAAGAGGAGCUACGGUAUUCACAACAACAGCUAACAGACUCCAGAUCAGCAACUCAUUCUGUGAAGCAAGAGCUAGCAGAGAUGAUGCAGAGGCACCAGGAAAAGGUUGGCCAAUGGGAAUACUCGCAGGAGGCUCUUGACCAGCUGACGGAUGAGCUCCAGGUCAAUCAGAAUCUACUGAGAGAGAGUCGGCAAGAAGUGGACCAUCUUAGAGGCCUGAUAGGAUCCGUGCAGGAGCAGGUGGACACACUGAAACAACAGAAGAAAGUGUUGGACAGCGACCGACGGCUGUAUCAACAGCUUCACUCUCACUCCGACAAGGAGUAUCUCCGCCUGCUGCAAGACAGACAGCAGCUGCAGCAGCGGUGUGCCUUGCAAGUUGAGCGCCAUGCGGAGUGUGAAAAGGCUAUUCUUCAGAUGAAGUCAGAGCUGGAGAGACAAGCUCAGGAAAAAGCAGCUCUUAAACAGAGCCUUGUUGCAUCCAACCACACCCACAUGAGCGAUCGCGCCCGGCUGGAACAAGAAGUACUUUGUCUAAAAAAGGAAGUAACGUGCUUAGAGGUGGAGCUGGAGGACAACCAAAAGGUACAUGCAGCACUUCUCUGUCAAUCGGAGGAGGAGCUGAAGGAGGCCGAGCGACAGGCGGCGAGAAGGAGCAGCGAGCUGGACGUGCAGAGGGAAGAGUUGGAGGAGAUGAGGAGCGCCGUCAGAGAGAAACAGAGGCUGAGCUUUCAGAGCAGGCAGUCGAGGCGAGAGCUGGAGGAGCUACGACGUACGCACCAAGUGACAGUGGAGGAGUUGGCAGCUCGUGCAGAGGAGGCGAGGCGGAUGGAGGGGUGCCUGACUGAGGGAAAGCUAGCAGAGGAGAAAAUCAGGUCAAUGGCUGCGAGGCUGGAGUUGGAGGCGGCGGAGCUCAAGAGGAAUCUUCAGCACGCUGUCGAUCAGAAACUUGAGGCAGAGCGAGAAAAACAGGAUGCACAGGAGCAGGUGGACACAUUUCGAUCAGAGCUAGAGAGGACACGAGCAGACAAUACUAACCUCCGCCAUGAGAGUCAGCAGGUCAUGACGAAUGUCAACCAUUGGAUCACUGACCAAAAGGCCUCCAACUCGAGCCUCACUGCCGAGAUGAAGGCCCAGAAUAAGCUGCUGCUCAUCAUCACUGAAGAGAAAGAACGUCUUCAGGAAGCUAAUGACACGCUGAACGCGGAGGUAAAGAGACUGAAAGAAGUGUCGAACGAGAAGGAGAGAGACAUGGAACUCUUCAAGGCCCGGAUCAGAGACCAGGGCGCCCGGCGAGACGACAAUGUACUGGAGAAGCAGGGUUGUGUGGCUCGAAAUCUCUACAAAAUCGAGGACAUGCAGACCAGACUGAGAGGCAACCUAGAGGCCAUCGGAAUGCUAAAUCAACAAUUAAACGCCCUCAGCAAGGAGAACAAGCGCUUGCGUAGGCAGCUGGAGGAGGAGAGGUCCAUGCGUAGACAAGCAGACAAGCAGAGCUCCUCCAUCCGCCUCCCCCUUUCCCUCAGUGCCCAUCCACCUCCUCCCUCCGCCUCCUUACCCUCAUCCCUCCGAUGUCCUCCUCCCCUGAGCUCGGACACAGUGACAGGGGACGUUCUAACUCAAGCCGAGCUGAGCGGCGCUGGCCCUGAGAGACCAGGUGAGUCUCAGGCUCUGGGUAAAGGGUUCUGGAAAAAGGCCGACUGGCCUCCUGGAAAGAAAAAAAAACACUCGCGUCUGGGAGAACAAGCAGAGACCUGAUCAAAUGAAGCCCCCUGAAGACUUUGACCUGUCAUGACUUUGUGACCUCCAGCUCCUCACCAGGGAGCAUACACAGUAUGAGGUUAAUGUCCUGCAGGUCAAAGUCAAGUCCCAGGGUGCUCUUUGCCUGAGGGCCUUUAGAAUCAGCGGAUGAUGGAAUUUCAUCAAAUCAUCAAAAAUAUCACAUCUGCUGUAGCAUAAGGACAUUAACCUCAGGAAAAAAUUAACAUACUUAUUAUACAUUCAAUCUUACAUUGAAGCAUAAAAAAAACCUCAGAUGAUUUCACCGCUAUAAUGUUGAAAUGCUCUGAGAAGGUGUAGCGUAAAAACAUUCUUCAAAUAAUGGUCUUAUUUUUUUAGCACUUAGCAUGAUAGCAUUUACCUGACUCUGCCUUUAUUUAAAAAACCCCAAACAGUUCUGAUGAGCUGUGAUCAACUCUUCAUCGUGAUGAAUUGGUCUAACACUGGAAAUAGUCUUUCUUUAUAAAAACGAGGGCCAGCACAUCAUCAGUAUCCACAGACAUGCCUCAGAUGUGGAUGUGAUUGGCAGUAACACCGUCUCCGAUUACGCUGCAGCUGUGCGCCAUGUGUCCUGUCUCUGCUGCGGUGAAUGUGGCCGUGUGUCUUUAUAUGUGAGCACAUUAUUUGUCUGUGUGCUUCUGUCUCUCUGUGUGACUGACUACAUUAGACGUACAUGCUGUUUGUGUUUUGUUUUAUACUUACAGAAAUAUAUUUAUUGAUUUUUUUUUUUUCCCAUGGUUGCCGCGUUUGAGCCCUCUGCAAAAUAAAAACAAAAUAGAUUUCUAA